AUGAUUUCUCCCGAAACUGUAUAUCCAAAAAUAAAUGAAAAUGAGGAAAUAACUUUCAGUGAUGAUUCUAAAAAACAUGAACCAUUAUUCAAUAUACAAAACGACCAAUUUCCUUAUUUACCAUUAGAUGUAUUAGAAUUAGAUUGUAAUCUGGGAUAUGUAAUAAAUGCCAUCAACGUGAUGAACAAGGAUAAGGUGUUCAUGUACUUAAUAGAGCAAACGAAUACCAUACAAGUAAAUAAGACCCGUUCACUAAUUUAUUUUAUGGAUAAAAUGAAACAUGUUCCAUAUAUUCAACAACUUAUUGAUGUAAUCGAAGAUGAAAACUACUUGGCUAUUAUUUGGGAGGAUCCUGGUCAGCCAAUGUUUGAAUUGCUCCAACGUGCUGGGCAUAAUUUGAACCUUAGGGAAAUCUUUUGUCAGAUUUGUUUAGCUCUUGCAAAUCUGCAUGAUAAUAAUUUAGCACAUAUGUCCUUAAAUUGUGAUACCCUUUGGAUCAAAAAUAAUAAUGUGAAACUUGUAGAUUUCGCUUCAUUAGGUCAUUUUACCACCGCAAAUAUUGUUCACAUUGUACAAACAUUGAAUUCUAGUGUAUAUGAUAUAUUUACUUCACCCGAAAUUAUUGAACGACAACCUUGCUGGGGUUGGAGACCCGAUGUUUGGGCUCUGGGUGUUGUUUUUUACUAUACGAUAGUAGGCCAAUUUCCUUGCGAUGGUGAUUAUAUAAGGUUUCAUCAAGAGAUAAAAAAUGGCACAUUUUUGUUUCCUGAGAACAUGGAUCCAAACGCUUGUGAUUUGUUAUCACGUAUGUGGGAUCCAGAUCCAACUAAGAAAUUCGAUAUGUGGGAUGUUAGAAAACACCCGUUUUUGACCCCUUUAUCGACACCAUCAAUGAAGGAAGAAGAACAACAACAGCAAUAUGAACAAACAAAACAUAAACGUUCAAUAUUUAAAAAAUAUCGUAAAUAUCGUAAAGAUCGACACGUUAAAAAAAAAUCUGGCACGGAUGUAAAUAUCUUAUAUGAUGAUAAAGACUCGACAAAAACUUUUAUAAAAAAGAAAUCAUUUAAUUUUACGUCUAAAUUUCGAUGUGUCAUGAAAAAACUUACAACCAUCUAUAAACCGAAUCAAAACCCUGUCAAAAGGUUGUAA